AUGUCUCGCAAGAAAUGGACCUCUCUGGACAAGCCGCGACUCUCAGAUGCCGUACUGGAGGUUAUUCAAAGCUUUGGCUUUCGGGAUAUGACGCCAGUGCAGACAGCGGCCAUUCCCCUGCUGCUGGCCCUCAAAGAUGUCUCCGCCGAGGCCGUCACGGGCAGCGGCAAGACGCUGGCAUUUCUGGUCCCAUUACUGGAGAUUCUGCAGAGACGGCACAGGGAGCGACCCUGGGGCCCUAAGGAGAUCGGUGCAUUGAUCAUCUCACCCACACGAGAGUUGGCGCGACAGAUAUCCGAGGUGCUGGCCCAGUUUCUGGCCCACGAGGAUCUGGAGCACUUGAACCAGCAAUUGAUUGUGGGCGGCAACAGUAUUGAGGAGGAUAUUGCGACACUGAGGAAGGAAACACCCUGCAUACUGGUGUGCACGCCGGGCCGGCUAGAGGAUUUGUUUCAGCGCAAAGGAGAUGACCUGAAUUUGGCAGCGCGCGUCAAGAGCCUGGAGUUUUUGGUGCUGGACGAGGCGGAUCGCUUACUGGACUUGGGAUUCAAGACGAGUGUUAACAACAUACUUGGCUACCUGCCGAGACAGCGGCGAACGGGCCUCUUCUCGGCCACACAGACCACCGAGGUGACGGACCUGAUCCGUGCUGGCCUACGUAAUCCCGUCCUGGUCUCGGUCAAGGAGAAGGCUUCCGUGAACACACCAGCGAGACUGCAGAACUUCUAUAGAAUCGUCGAGCCCGAGCAAAAGUUCGUGGCCCUGCUGCAGUUCCUCUCGUCCCCGGCCACACGCACUGGCAAGGUAAUGGUCUUCUUUCCUACCUGUGCCUGCGUGGAGUACUGGGCGGAGGCCUUGCCCCCUCUGCUGCCCAAGCGCAGUGUUCUGGGAAUCCACGGCAAGAUGAAGAACAAGCGAGCCAUCGUGGUGGAAAAGUUUCGCAAUGAGCCGGAGUCUGUGCUCCUCUGCACAGACGUGCUGGCCCGCGGCUUGGACGUGCCCGAGAUCGAGUGGGUCGUGCAGUGGGACCCGCCCUCGAAUGCGUCCAGUUUUGUGCACCGUGUGGGACGCACUGCCCGCCAGGGAAACGAUGGCAACGCCCUCGUCUUUCUCCUGCCCAGCGAGGAUUCCUAUAUUCACUUCUUGAAGAUCAACCAAAGGGUAGAACUCAAUGAACUUCCCAACGACGAGGCUGGCCCCUCGGAUCCCCAACUUCCGUCCGUUCUGGAGCAACUGCAUCGACUGCAGAGGGCGGACAAGGGAGUCUACGACAAGGGAAUGCGUGCCUUUGUCUCCCAUGUCCGGGCCUACACCAAGCACGAGUGCAGCGCGAUUUUGCGACUGAAAGAUCUGGAUCUUGGUAAGAUGGCCACUGCCUACGGACUGCUUCAACUGCCGCGCAUGCCGGAGCUAAAGAACUACAACGGAGAUGGCUUCAUAGCGCCCAGCUCUGAGGUUGAUCUCACCAAACUCACCUACAAGAAUGUCCAAAAGGAGCAAGUGCGCCAGCAGAAGCUACAGACCUACGAACAGACAGGCAGCUGGCCAGGCCAAAAGCUGCACAAGAAGCGCACCGAGUCCUGGGACCAGACCAAAAAGGCCAAACUGGAUGCCAAAUCGAAGAAGGAGCUGCGCAAGGCAAAGAAGCAACGUAAGCGCGAGGCAGAGUCUGCAGAAGGAGCACCGGGGCAACGCAAAAGGAAGCAGCAAUUCAGCCAGGAAGACCUGGACGAGCUGGCCAGUGAUAUACGGCUCUUCAAGAGGCUAAAGAAGAACAAGAUCAGCGAAGAGGAAUACGACAGGGCGAUGGGCAUUGAAAAGGACGACUAGUGGGGAUCGUUAACUAAUAAAAUUGGUUAGGAAAUAUGUA